AUGGGGAAAGGAGGAGGAUGCAUACCAAGCAAGAAAAAGGCACAAAUUUCUGCCAAAGAAAAGGAUGAUGAUCCUGUUAGCAUUGAGAUCCUAAUCCCAGAAAAUAAUGCAACAACUUCAAGCCAAGAGGGGCCACAACCAGUCCAAGAAGUGAAGAAGAAGCUAAGAGUUUUCAUUGUGUUCUACUCAAUGUAUGGCCAUGUGGAGGCACUAGCAAAAUCUUUGAAGAAAGGGGUUGAUUCCAUUGAAGGAGUUGAAGGGGUCUUGUACCGGAUACCGGAGACACUUCCUGAGGAGGUCUUGCAACUCAUGAAGGCACCUCAGAAGGAUGAUCAUGUGCCAUUGAUAUCUGCUGCAGAAAAGUUGGUUGAAGCUGAUGGUUUGUUGUUUGGGUUUCCUACAAGGUAUGGGAGCAUGGCAGCGCAGAUGAAGGCUUUUUUCGAUUCAACAGGACAGUUAUGGAGGGAGCAGAAGCUAGCAGGUGUGCCUGCUGGGUUUUUUAUCAGUACUGGCACUCAGGGUGGUGGCCAAGAAACCACAGCUUGGACAGCAAUCACACAGUUAGUCCAUCAUGGGAUGCUUUAUGUUCCUAUUGGUUAUACCUUUGGUGCUGGAAUGUUUGACAUGGAUUCCAUUAGAGGAGGAUCUCCAUAUGGUGCUGGAGUUUAUGCUGGUGAUGGCACAAGACAAGCAAGUGAAACUGAGCUGGCCCUUGCAGAGUAUCAGGGCAAAUACAUGGCUUCAACAGUAAAAAAGUUAGCCAAGAAAAGCUAG